CUCCAACCAACCUGUAUAUAGCAACCACUGUUUUGUUCUCUUACUGUUUUUGUUCAUCUCUUACCUUAUUUAGUUUCUUUUAUUUCUAUCUAGAAAUAUAUAUCCACACCUAUCUCUCCAUAUAGGCUCUAUCUUAUUAGCUUAUCCAUCUCUCUCAAUCUCACUGCACCAAUCAGUCAACAAUUAUUAAGCAAACAUUGGUGUCACUGAUCAUAAUAAAUAUAUCUGUGUAUAGACUGCAUCAAGAAAGUUAUUAGUCGAUCAAGAUGAAGUUACUAGGGUGGAUGCACCGAAAGUUUCGGCAAAACAGUGGUGAACCAUUUGCUAUUAUUAACGAUGGCUAUGUACCAAAACAUCUACUGUGUCGAUUAAACCCAGUUAUGAACAGCAAUCUUAAUUGCAAACAGCAAUUAUGCACAUGUCUGGGGCACUCUUGUACUUGCUUAUCAAAGCAGACAUCAUUCGACGAGCAACUACAAGAACAGCAACAGUUCUACCAUCCCAAUGCAAACACCUACAGCAGUAAACCUUCUUCCAGACAUAAUCAUCCACGGAAAGAAAAUCUCCUGCAGAAAUCGUUCGUUGGCAUGGAUUCUGCUAUAAUCGAAGAAAACGUAGAGUACUUCACUUACGAUGGACACGAUUCCUCUUCAGCAGCUGUUGCCAUCUCUGGAUUUUUCGAUGGGCUACUCAACAUAGGAACACUGGGUUUGGGCCAGCACCAACUUGAUAGUGAACCUGAAACACCAACCUUUGCUGUUGAGAAUGUCAAUGAAAAAGAAACUGAAUUAACUGAAAAUGACUUGAAGCUCAUUAAUGAGGAGUUAGAGAAAGUGUUGAAUGCUGAUGCCAAGAGAGAAGACGAUAGAUUCUACUGCAAAGACUCACCAUCAGCAAAGACUGAUAACGGCAGUACCUUAACACUAGGUGGGAGUACUGACCAGGUCGUGAAUGGAAAUGAUGGUGGCAAACAAACUCCACUUCAAGGGUAUCUUUUUGGGUCUCCCGUCGACUUACCUGCUGAAACCACAAUUGGAUCAAGGAAAGAGCAUCGUCCUUCCUUAGGAGAGUUGUUUCAGACAAAUAAACUAGGAGAGGAAAAAAAGAAUCACAACUGCAAGGAAGAUUAUCAUAAGAGACACACUGCAGGGGAAAAUUACAAGUCAAUAAAGAAGUUUCUUAAAUGGCGGUCUCUCAAAAGCUCUACUCCUACUGCUGCUUCAGUUUCAGCCGAAAACAAAUUGCAAAAGAUGUUCAGCAGAAAAGUUCAUCCAGAGAGCUCUGCAGAUACACAAAGAUCUCAAAAUACCCACAAGAAUGACACCAAGAACAACACUAGUAAAGCUCCUAGCUACAGAAGUAACUAUCACCAAGGCAGCAAUGCAGCUCGUGUAGUGACAAAUGAAGACAUAAUGUUAUUACCUCCACAGAGUCAUCAGACUCAAAGAGAAGGAACAAUUACAAGGGACCAUAUUCUAAGUCAUGAUAACCACUCAAACUCUCCCCCGUUCGAGGUUAAUCGCAGUGGUUCAAGUGGGAAUAGAGAAUACUGGAUCAAAACAGAUGCUGACUAUCUGGUGCUGGAGCUGUGAAAAGUAUUAAACUGGCAAAGGUUCGUUCAAGUUUGUCGUGCUUUUAUAAGAUGAUGAAAAGUGGUAGUUUUUAUGUGUUUGCUAAGAUCACAUCACUGUGAUGGCUUAGAUUUAUUCUAUCAGGUAUGAGAGAGUGUUAGGCAAUAAACAGGAAAUUUCUGUUAAAGUUUCCUCUGGUUGUAAUGCUGAACUAUAUAUGUUGAAACUGUGUGCUCCUAUAUACAAUUAAGUAUGUGUGGCUAUGGCUACAUAUCGUUCAAUCUACUAGUUGAAAUGGGUUACCACACCCAUCACUGAUA